UCAGAUGCUGUUUUUGUGUCUUCACGCAGGUGCAGAUCAGAGCGGUGUGAUGUCUGAUAACACGUCACUGCCGUCUGUGUCUAACGCGUCUCUCCCGCCGCUGCUGACGGACUGGACGGCGCCCUCCUUCACUCCCGCGGCUCAGGCCCGGGUCGCAGCCACCAUGGUGCUCUUCCUGUUCGCCGCUGUCAGUAACCUGGCGCUCCUCAUCAGUGUGUCGCGCGGUCGGCGUCUGGCGUCUCACCUGCGUCCUCUCAUCAUCAGCCUGGCGUCGGCCGACCUGAUGAUGACCUUCAUUGUGAUGCCGCUGGACAUGGUGUGGAACGUGACAGUGCAGUGGUACGCCGGAAACGGGCUCUGUAAGCUGCUGUGUUUCCUGAAGCUCUUCGCCAUGCAAACCUCCGCCUUCAUCCUGGUGGUCAUCAGUCUGGACCGGCAUCACGCCAUCCUGCGGCCGCUAGACUCACUCAACGCCCACCACAGGAACAGGAGGAUGCUACUGCUGGCCUGGAGCCUCAGUGCGCUGAUCGCAUCGCCACAGAAAGAAAGAAGAAACCACGACAUAAGAGAAUAUGGCUUGGAAGACGUGGACUCUCUGAUCGCUGAUGCUGUGUUUGUGUCUGCAGCGGGCGAGUCUCUGAGACGCAGCGGCACAGACAUGAUCCCGAAGGCCCGGAUGAAGACGCUGAAGAUGACCAUCAUCAUCGUCCUGUCGUUCGUGGUCUGCUGGACGCCCUACUAUCUGCUGGGCAUCUGGUACUGGUUCCAGCCGGAGAUGCUGAAGGUCACGCCCGAGUACAUCCAUCACCUGCUCUUCGUGUUCGGCAACCUGAACACCUGCUGCGACCCGGUGAUCUACGGCCUCUACACGCCCUCGUUCCGCGCCGAUCUCGCCCGCUGCUGCCGCUGCCGGACGCCCGCAGACUCGCCGUGCUCUCUGGACCGGCUCUCGGCCCGACACGGAGAACACGAGUCUGACCCGGCCAGCGUGAAGAGCGCAUAAACCACGUCUCAAUCCUCACGACUCCAGUUCACGACGGGUUUGACGGAGCGUCUGCAUCAGAACACGCUUCAGACUCUGAAGAGCCCAGGUUA